GAGUACAAGGCCGAAGAAUCAUUAUUUAAGGGAAGAAUAUCAUAUCACACUUUUAAUUUUCAUUUUUCUUUCUUUCCCUUUGGCGUUGGGAAACGGAGUUAUGGUAUUUAUUGUGCCAUUUGAAGAAGCCGCUGUUGUGGUUAAGAUCCAUGGAUUCUGAUCGUCAUAGAAACUUAGUUCACUCCCGCUUCUUCCUCUCUGGAUUCUAUUGCUGGGAUUGGGAAUUCUUGACCGCUCUCCUCCUUUUUAGUUGUUCUUCUCAAUAAUAUAUUAUUCUUUUUGUUGAUUUCUUAGCUAUUAGCUAUUACUAGAUUAGGAAUAAUUAAGAGUAGAUUAUUUGUGAGGUAGGCGGAGAGAUGUCACAGAGAUCGGUGCCGGCGCCGUUCUUGACGAAGACGUAUGAGUUGGUGGAUGAUCGUGCAACGGACGACGUGAUUUCGUGGAGUGAGAGUGGCAACACUUUUGUGGUGUGGAAGCAUGCCGAUUUCGCUAAGGAUUUGCUUCCCAAUUAUUUCAAGCACAACAAUUUCUCCAGCUUUGUUCGCCAGCUCAACACCUAUGGUUUUCGAAAGAUUGUGCCAGACAAAUGGGAAUUUGCCAACGAACAUUUUAAGCGAGGCCAAAAAGAACUUCUCACGGAGAUCAAACGCCGCAAGUCGGCGCACCCUGCGCCGCCGCCAUCGGGGACCGAAAAAUCCGGUGGCGACGGUAACUCUCUGUUGAACUCAGGCGGCGACGACAUGGGAUCGUCCUCCACCUCUUCACCUGAUUCGAAGAACCCAGGAUCUGUGGAAACAACAACGAUAACAACAACAACAACUCCUCCUCCUCCUCAUCAGUGCGCGAAUUUAUCGAGCGAGAACGAGAAAUUGAAGAAGGACAACGAGACGCUAAAUUGCGAGCUGGCACGUGCGAAGAAGCAGUGCGAUGAGUUGGUGGCUUUCUUGAGGGACUGCCUUAAGGUGUGUCCUGAUCAGAUCAACCGCAUCAUGAGGCAAGGAAAAUGCGGGUCCACCCGUGAUCCGGUGCAAUCUGAUGACACUCUAGUUGAUGAUGACGAAAAACAAGUUGGUGAGGCCGCUGGACCCAGCACUUUGAAAUUGUUUGGUGUUUGGUUGAAAGAGGAGAAGCCUAACAACAACCACAAGAGAGAGCGAGAAGGCCCAAUGGGCUUUGGUGGGCCUCCUGCAAAGGAGAUGAAGAAGACUACUACUACAGCUAAUAGUAAUAGUGUUGUUGACUUUGGUGGUUCCAAUGUUAAGGUGAUGAUGAAGAGCAGCAAGGUCUGCAGCUGAAGCACCUUAAGGUUUAAGCCAUUGUUCGAUUUAUUUAGUUUGGAAAGACAUAAAACAAUAAUAAGUAUAGGUUGAAGACAAGGCGUGACAUGAUGUUAGGGUGGUUUGUGUUUGGGCAAAUAGGGCCUACCCUCUGCACCCUGGCGCAUGUUAUGGUUGUGUUAUUGUUAAUAUAGAUCUAUUGUUGUACCAAUAUAAUUACUAGUUAAUAUAGGUACGUGGGAAGCAGACACUAAUAUUCCAUGUAUGAAUCUAGUUGUUCA